AUGGUGACCAUUACAAACCAUUCACUCGUUUCACAAUUCAUCAUCAUAGGAUUCACUGAUCUCAAUGGUUGUGAAGGUUUAUUAUUCAUUCUCUUGACCAUUAUCUACAUUUCCACACUUGGUGGUAAUGCUAUCGUUUUUGUUGUCAUCUGCAGUCAUCGUCAACUCCAUAUUCCUCUGUACCUUUUUGUUGCUAAACUAUCCUUCCUGGAAAUAUUAUACACAAACGUUAUUAUACCCAAAAUGUUGUCAAACUUACUGAAUGAUAAGUUGAUCUCCUAUAUUGGCUGUCUGUUGCAAAUCUAUUUUCUUCAUUGUUUAGGUAUCACAGAAACCUUUCUUCUUACAGCAAUGGCCUUUGACCGCUACCUGGCCAUAUGCAAUCCACUAAGGUACCCAUCCAUAAUGACUAUUCCAUGUUGUUUUCAGAUGGCAGCUUGUUGUUUGAUUGUAGGAUCUGUUGUCCCUUUAACCCAAACCCUCUUGCUGUCUCGCCUUUCUUUCUGUGGCUUAAACCAAAUUGAUCACAUAUUCUGUGACUCUACUCCACUGAUGAACUUGGCAUGUUCUGACACUUCACUCAAUGUCAUGGUAGACUUCAUUAUCAACUCAUUUCUUCUGUUCCUUGCCUUCACCUGCAUCAUCCUGUCCUACAUCAAAAUCAUUUUUGCCGUGUCUAAGAUAAAGACACCAGAGGGCAGGAAAAAGGCUUUUUCAACAUGUGGCACUCAUCUCACUGUGGUCCUACUUUUCUUUGUCAGUGUGAGUUUUAUGUACGUUAGACUGACCGAACACAGCUCUGUCAGCUAUGACCGUGUGAUGGCUGUGAUUUACUCUGUCCUAACACCAAUGUGUAAUCCAAUCAUAUACAGCCUGCGGAAUCGAGAAAUAAAGGAAAUACUUAGGAGAAGAUUAACUGCUUUAGUACCCCGUGGCUUCAGGAGCAUAAAUGAUGGAUUUGACCUCAUUGUCCCUAUUCAGUCCAUGUAG